GCGGUGGUUUUUGCACGCCGCGCUAUUUUUACUUUUAAUUCGUAACCAACAACGUAUCGAGCGUGCACGUUGCCGGCGUGAAUUCGUGCGUUCGUGCGUGCGCUCAAUCGAUAUUGUCGACGGAGUUCGACCGCGCGGUUCAUCGUACGCUACCCCCUUCCCCUUGGUUUACGCGCGUGUGACCUGUGAGUGAGAAGCAGCAUAGCGAGUGUGUGUGUGCGCGAGUGAGAGAGAAAGGGCGUUCGUCGCUUACUUUACGCACGAAACUCCCGUGCAACGAGAGUGUGAAGAGGAGGAGGAGGAGGAGGAGGAGGACGAGUUCGCACACCUCCCACCACCUGCGAGCCGCAAAUCGAAAACGCAGCAAAACGCGCCGCGGUAAUAAUGGUGUUCUCCAACUUCUCGACCACUUCCUACCUUCCGCUGGACAACGACCAGAGCGUAACGUUCUACAAGAACGAAAAUCGGCUCUUCCCCACCGCUAUCGCCAGCCCGGGGGCACCUGCGAGUCUACGUGGUCUGAUGGCGGCGGGUGCGGCCAGCACGAGCGGCGGAAUGGGCAACGUGAGAGGCGGGAGCCACUCCGGUAGCGGUACCGCCAACAUGAGCACUACCGAUAUGCUCACCGCAGCAUACCACGAGCAGCAACAACAGCAUCAUCAUCAUGCGAUCGAAGGUGGUGGUAGCAACGGCGGUGAUUGCCCUUUCGGGCGAGUUCAAUCACCAGCCGGAGCAACGGCAGCAACGACGGGCGCGCAGCAACACCAUCAUCAUCAUCAUCAUCAUCAUCGUCAUCGCGUUACCGGCGGUGUUGCCGUGUGCGACGACUUUCAACCCGUCGCCUAUCUGAACGGCUCAUCCAACGGUUACUAUGGUUACGUCCCGACGCUGGCGACAACACCGGGCAGCGGCGUCACCGCCGGUGAUAUAUGUGGCCCGAUGGCGCGCUUCUACCAGCAGCAACUCGCGGCCGACCUCGAAUCCGGAAACAACAACAAUAAUAAUAACAACAAUAACAACAACAACAACAACAACAACGAGAUGGGUUAUCACUUUAAUGGACAACAGUCGGCGGCUCUGCAACAUAAUAGGAAGCGAAAGGAGAUCACCACCACCACCGGCGACGAUGAGGCAAUGGACACGAACGGCGCACAUGCGUGCGAUCAGCUGCUGCCAGUGGCCACCUCGCAUGACGGCGAGUUUCAUCCGAAACGGCGAAAGAUGGAAGCGGAAGACUGCGUCGUCGGCGGCACGCUUGCUAAUGGAAUGCUUUUCGCUAGCAAUGUUACGCAAGGAGACGCGUAUGGCCAGCAGCAGCAGGAACGGUAUCUUCAAUCGGGAAACGAAAUGGAAUACCAGGAGCACCACCAGCGCCCAGCUCAGCCGUAUGCUCACUACAGCUUCCCGGCCGCACACCCCCACACGCACCUGCAAUUCCAUCCUUCCUCGACAAUGAGCGCUGACCAGCAGCAAACGGCGGCGGGACCACACGGCGACACCACCAGCAAGAGUCAGGGUGCGGACUUAGCUACUAGUAGUAGCGCACCAUCUUCCGCUGCAGCUGUCGGAGCAGUUUGCGUUCGACGGCGAUCCGACGAGAUCGAUCAGCAGCAACAGCAGCAACAACAACAACAACACCGUGAUCAUGAUCUUUUCCAUAGUCUACACGGUAGCGGUGGAUGCUAUCGCACCCUUGCACCGAACACACACUGAUUAUAAUCUUCCUGCACGCGAUCUCGAUCGUUCUGGGUAGCAUAGACGGUUAGACGAGGUACGCUUGAUGAUCCACUUACUUAGGAACUCCGUACUUAAGUUGAACAGUAACGAAGGAGUAGGCUGCGCACCAUUAGGGUGCUGCUGAAUGAUGCAAUCUUGUAGUGAUAGGUAAGGUUUAGGCAGUAGUUAAGGUAGAAUUUUGCUAAAACAAGGGAAAACCCAACUAACCGUACGUCUGGCCGUGCUAGGGUGUACUGUCCUCUCGUAAGACUUUUUUAAAAAUAAAAUAAACGAAGCUAAAGCAUAAGCGCAACAGAUGUGAUCGUGUUCGUG